AGACGCUGUACGGCACUCCUGACAAGUGCGACCCCUACGUGUGCGGUCUGGCUGAGAAGAAGCUGCCUGACAGCCACUUCGGACCGCUGUUUAACGCCUCGCUGAGCGACCAGUACCUGCGUGUGCGGGACGGAGACUGGUACUACUUUGAGAACACGGCAAACGGCAUGUUCACUGCGGACGAGAUCGCCAACGUCAAGGCAACCACCUUCCGCGACAUCAUCCUGCGCAACACCAACAUCACGGUGCUGCCCCAGAACAUCUGGCACGUCAACCCCGACCAGCCCUGGCCCACCGCGUCCACGAACACCAGCAACAGCACCACCGUACCCGC